AAUACGAAAACCCUCGUCAUCUCCUCCUCCCCCAUUUCUCUCUCUUCGAACCCCCAAAGAGUUUAUUUUUUUUUAUUUUUUUACGGUCAGGGUUUUCGAUUUCUAGGGUUUUGAUCCCAGUUCUUAAGGGAGUCCUCUCCGGAAAUCAAUGGACCUCCCCCAAGAAACCGACGAUUACAUCCGAGAGUCAAUCCAGCACUCUCUGGGGCUUCCCAUCUCAUCCAAAACCCUCCAGUUGAAGCUUCUUGCCUCCGAGGACGACCGCCACCGCCUCCAAGAUCAGAUCUUUCUCUUGCAGGACCGCCUCAACGAAUCCCAGAAGCGCGUCGAUCUGUAUAAGGCGGAGGCGGCCAUGAAUGCGCAGGGGCUGAGGAAGUGCGUUGAGGAUAAGGAGGCGAUGGUGGUGGAGUACGAGAAUCUUUCGGGUCAUUGCUCGAAGUUGGAGAAGGAGUGCAUGCUUUAUGAGAGGGAUUUUGAAAAGAUUAUGGAGUCUUGCGAUGAGUUGGCUAAGGAGAACGAGGAGCUUCGAGCGCGGAUUGAGGAUGAUUCUUCUACCACAGCAUUAGCCACUGAAGUUGAAUCCUUGCAGAAGGACAAAGAACAUCUAAGGGUCAACCUUCUCAGAGCUGAAGAGGAGGUUAAGGUACUUUUUGAGGAAAACAAAUUGCUGGAAGAAGAGAAUAAGAGGCUUGUAAGGCAGUUACAUCGAGAAAGAAAUCGCCAAGGAUCUGAAACCAAACCUUCAUCCUGCAAACCCUCAGGUGGCGCUUCUUCCAAAGGUAAACGCAAGUCGAGCUUGAGUGAAGGAAGGUUGAUUGAUUUUGAUGGUUCUGAUUCACCGAGACAGCCUUUGUCACUGCUGCAUCAGAAUUCUCCUGAUUCUAGCAAAAUGCAUAAGAAAUGACUUUUUGUGGAAUGAUUAAUGCUCCUCACUUACAAACCUGUUGUUAUCUUUGCAGUUAGAAAGCAUUUUAAAAAAGGCCUCUUAGCUUUUCUCUCUUCUUGAUUGUUGAAGUUGAUGUCGGUUCUUGGCGAUGUUGUAUUCAUAGAAUCUCGGGAUCAAAAUGAGUAUAAAUACCUAUUCUCGGUAGCAUUUGUGUUA